UCUUAUGUCUCACGCCACGGUCUAGUUGCUGUUUGGGAUCUCAAGCACUUCACCUGAUCUCGCCCGGGGGCUGGGCAAAUCACUCAGCCGUUGCUAAACUACUGCUCCUGCCUGCCCCAACCCCUUCCAGCUCAGCUUCUCUCAACCAAAGAUACUAGAGCAAGCUCUCAACACUCAAUAGCUGGACGUCCCACAGUAGCGAUUCCCUGAGGAGAACCGGGAGAUCGCGAUCGAUGGCUUGGAUUAAGUCGAGAUAUAUCUUUUGUCUCUUCCUUUUAACGGUGUGUUCUCAGACUGGAAAAGGCUGCAAGAAAGGAUUUGCCAAUCACCGGUUUAAGUCGGUGGUUUCUCCACAGCUGUUUAAAGGGGAGGAUGUGCUUAAAGUUACUUUCCAUUAUUGCAAUUUGGGAAAACACAUUAGGUUAAGUACCAAUGACGACAACUUUGGGAUCCACUCCAACGGCAAGGUGUUUGCAACUCGUACCCAAUACAUCCACUCAACCUAUCACUUCAAGGUUCUCGCAAAGGAUUUAACAAGUCACGAGAAAUGGAAAGUUCAUGUCCAUUUAGAGUCUUCGGCAAAUCACCAGAAGCUGGUUUUGGGGAAGCACGCUGUUCCCACGCUCCGUUUCCCGAAACACAGCAGCUUGCGCCGACAGAAGAGGGAGUGGAUAAUCCCGCCGGCCUCCGUCAUGGAGAAUGAAUCAAUAAUGAAGAACCCCGUCGCUGUCGUUGUCUCUGACAUCAAAGACCCGGAACCGUUAACCUACACCAUCACAGGACCAGGGGCAGACGAACCUCCAAUUGGCUUGUUUGUGAUCGACAAAAUGUCAGGCUGUUUAAACAUCACAGGCCAAGUGGAUCGUGAAAAAUACUCUGAAUUUAAGCUGACGGCACAAGCGCGGGAUAAAUAUGGCCAACCAAAAGAGAAUCCCCUGGAACUUAAGAUUGUGGUUGAGGAUAUGAAUGAUAACGCCCCGGUAUUCCAGCAGCAAGUGUUCGUGGGAGGUGUUGAAGAACGGUGCACAUUAGGUACCGUGGUUCAGAAUUUAACAAUCAUAGCCACAGAUGCAGACAUAGGAGCUAAUGCCCAAAUUGCCUACAGUAUUCUAUCCCAGGGAGGCAUGAAUAUGUUUGAGGCAUAUGAUAAUGGAAUGAUUAGAACAAUAGCAACUAACUUAGACAGAGAGACGAAAGAUUUGUACACCCUUGUGGUGAAAGGGCAAGAUUUGAAUGGAAACUACCAGGGGUUGACUUCGACUGCAAACGUCCAAAUCCAGAUCCUGGAUGUCAAUGACAAUAUUCCUACCUUGGAAAAAUAUGAGUAUGAAGUAUCUGUUCAGGAGAAUACUCUGAGCGAUGAAGUGACACGCAUAAAAGUGAUCGAUAUGGACCAAGAAUAUACCGAUAACUGGCUGGGAAACUUUGAGAUUAUUGAGGGGAAUGAAGGAGGCCACUUCCGAUUCGUGAUGGAUGAGAAAACCAAUGAAGGAAUCCUCGUGCUUCAAAAGGAACUGGAUUAUGAAGAGUCAUCAACUCGAGAACUUCUCCUCCGAGUUACCAACAAAGCAACGUAUCACUCUUCUGUUAUGGCCAGUUUCGCCAGUGGUGGAAUUCCCAUGAUCGGAGGUGGAGGCGGAGGCGGAGGUGGAGGCGGAGGCGGAGGUGGAGGCGGCAAGCCUAUUCGGUUAAGAGUCCAUGUAAAGGAUCAGAAGGAAGGGUUCUCAUUCAAGCCAACCACAAAGAGAAUCACCAUCAGCGAAAACAGGAAGAAAGUCACAAUCGGUCAGAAGCUGGGAAGGUACCCAGCCAUCAGUGCUGACACUGGCAAAGAGAGCAAAACUGUCAGAUAUGCAAAAGGUUCAGAUGCAGCCAACUACUUACUUAUUGACCAAGAAACGUCAGAGAUCUCUCUGGCCAAAAUACCUGACCACGAGUCUGAACAUGUGGUGAAUGGGAAGUACACAGCGACUAUACUGGCCAUAAAUAACGAGGGUUCCGUUCCCACAACCUCCACUGGCACCGUGGUGAUAGAUGUGGAUGAUGAAAACGAUAACAUUCCCAUCAUAAGUGAUCUUCGGCCCUGCAUGUGUGACAAAGAUGCCUCUUUGAUCGUCACUGCCAAAGACCUGGAUGCCCAUCCAAACGCUGCCCCUUUCACGUUUAAGCUCUCAGACGUAACAGAAAAUACCGAGAAAUGGAAGAUUCUACGCAGAGACGGUACCAGCGUGAUGCUCCAGCCCUUGAAAGAACUCUGGCCUGGCAAGCAUAUCAUCCCAAUCGAGGUGUUGGAUAAUCAAGGAGCAGGCAAAGUCCAGGACCUAGAGCUUCACGUGGUAGAGUGUUCUGGCAAAGAUGGGAGCUGCUCGGAAAAGGCAACGUACAUUGGGUCCAGUGAUGCUCGCCUUGGCCCAGCAGCCAUUGGGCUGAUGGCUCUCGGGGCUCUGUUGUUGCUACUUGUUCCUCUCCUGCUGCUGUUCUGCAAGUGUGGUUCUGGAGCGUUUGGAGGUGCCGGUAGAGCUCAAGAAUUCAUAUCAAUGCACACUGAAUCACAUGGAACCGUGGAACAUAAAAAUAUCGAGGGCGGAGGAGAGAGAGACACGAAGGUGCCUCUGCUUCUGACGAACGCGCACGGCAGGGCUGGAAUGGGGACGUCUAUGAGCGAGGUUGAUGGAUUCAAGGGAGGACCUGGUUACAUGGUGAAUAAUCUGGUUAGUUCAGCAAACAUACCCACCCAAAACAUGUCCAUGACCACCCAAGGCAUGUCCAUGACCAACUACGGGAUGCCCAUGACCACCCAAGGCAUGUCCAGGACCAACUAUGGGAUGUCCACGGUCAACCGCACAAUGUCAGGUGGAGGCAGCAUCAGAAGAAAUAGCCAACGCUUUUCCAAUAUGGAGUCGAACAUGAACAUGUAUGCAUCGGAGAAUGGCAAAUUUGGAACAGCGUCAGGAGAUGGCCUUAUAGGCUUCAUGGAUUCAUACAUCAAUGAGAAAGUACACGCGCAUAGUUUUGGGGAGCAAGCUGGUCCCACCCGAGACACUCUGCUGGUGUAUAAUUACGAGGGAGAGGGGUCGCUGGCUGGAUCGAUCGACAGCUGUGACAUGGUCGACGACGGAUUCCAGACCGGGCACUCCUACCUGAAUGAUCUUGACCUGAAGUUUAAGACUUUGGCCGAUAUCUGCAAUGGUAAAGAGCAGAACCAAGAGUUGACGGUAACCCUGGACACUCCAGUGCAGCAAGAAGUUGCGACGAAGCAGGAGUUUGUGAGGAGGCAAGAAUUUGUGCAGAAGCAAGAAGAACCCGCUUACAUGGUGCAGAAUCUGGUUAGUUCAGCAAACAUGGCCACCCAAAGCAUGCCCAUGGCCACCCAAAGCAUGCCCAUGGCCACCCAAGGCAUGUCCAUGGCCACCCAUGGGAUGUCCAUGGUCAACCACCCUCCGCAGUACAUCUCUGGAGGAAUGCAAGGAAUGACCCUCAUUCCUGACUCAACCCUAAUGAGGAAGAAUUAUGUGGUGACCACCACUAUCAACCCAGUGGUGGAAAUGGUGACCGACCAAGGUUUUGACCAUCAAAACCUUGUCGCCACCAAUCUGGUUAAUACCAUCCCAAGGAGGGUCGGCGUGAUCGAGGAUGCUUCGGCAGCCCACCAAAAUAUUGUGGUGACCAAGAUGGUUAACGCCGCUGGCGCUGGAGGGAUCUCAGAAAUGUUCAUGGACCCAUCAAUUGGCCAUCAAAACGUGGUAAUGACUGAACAAUACAGCACCAGUCCCAGGGGAGGUCAAGGAAUGGUCUUCAGUCCCGCCAUGGCCCAGCAAAACACCAUGAUGACCACAAUGGUUGACGGCGGCUCAGGGGGGAUGUACGGGAUGGUGGUUGGUGGGCCAGGGCAUGCGGUGGAGAAGAACAUGAUGCUGACCAGGUCGGUCCACGGGGGAGAGUCCCAGCACUCGGCGGGCCAUCUGGCCUUCGACCACCACCCCGCCAUGGCCCAGCAAAACACCAUGAUGACCACAAUGGUUGACGGCGGCUCAGGGGGGAUGUAUGGGAUGGUGGUUGGUGGGCCAGGGCACGCGGUGGAGAAGAAUGUGACGCUGACCAGGUCGGUCCACGGGGGAGAGUCCCAGCACGCGGCGGGCCACGUGGCCUUCGACCACCACCCCGCCAUCCACAAGAAUGUCACGCUGAAGAAGUCAGCCCACUCCGGCGCGGGAACGUUUCCCAACAAGGCGGCCAUGCAGAAGGCCAGAGAUUCCCACGGCUCCGUCACGUCCAUGACCAAAGUCACCAAAGUCUCACAGCUGAUGCAAGAGUAACCAGCUCCCCGCUUCCACGUGCCGCACACCUCCGUC